AAAGAGGCAACUGUCUACAUUGUAGACCUGGGCGCGUCCAUGGGUGAAAAGCACAACGGACGAGAAAUCAGCGAUCUAGACUGGGCUUUAACUUAUGCCUGGGACAAGAUCACCACAACACGUAAAACAGCUACGCUAGCAGUUGUCGGCCUGCGAACUGAUGGUGAGAAAACAGCCACGCCGGGACCGCUAUCGAUAAGGGUCUUUGGUAUGAACAGCCAAUUGAUCUCUACCAUAGGUACUCUGAACGCACUGGAUAAUCCUGAUGAAGAUGCAUACCAAAACAUCACCGUCUUCAAGGAGCUUGGGCAAGCGUUAAUGCCGGAUGUGCGCCGACUCAAACAACAACUUGUGCCCAGCAGCACUGAUGUUGGUGAUGCGAUCUCUGCCCUCGUUGUAGCCAUUCACAUGAUCGAGACUGUCACCAAGAAGCUGGCAUACACACGCAAGAUUAUCCUGGUCACCAACGGCAACGGUAGUGUAGAUGCCGAUGGUCUUGACGCAAUUACUCAGAAAUGCAAGGAAGAUGGAAUUGAGUUGGUCAUUCUCGGAGUCGACUUUGAUGACCCGGAAUACGGUAUCAAAGAAGAGAACAAGGACGCUACCAAGGUCUUCAAGAACUUGGUCGAGGAGUGCAACGGCUUGUACGGCACACUCGGAUUCGCGAUUGACGAAAUGGUGAUCCCGCGAAUGAAGACGGUACGACCUGUGCACUCUUUCAGAGGCUAUCUGACUCUAGGUGAUCCGGAAACCUACGACACGGCUAUGGCCAUCGAUGUUGAGCGAUACCCUCGGGUCAUGGUUGCCAAAGCCCCAUCGGCAAGUCAGUUUGUUGUCAAAACGAACAUGGCACCAGGAGAGACACAAUCACAAUUCGCGCCGCCAGACGAGGAGUCUAAACCGAGCGACCUGGCCGCCGUCAGGAAUGCUCGCACUUACCAAGUUCCUGAUGAAGAGGCACCAGGUGGUAAACGCGAGGUCGAACAAGAAGACUUGGCAAGAGGCUUCAGCUAUGGAAGCACAGUGGUGCCGAUCGAGGAGGCUGACAAGAACGUGACCGACUUUGAGAGCAAGCAGGGCAUGGACAUCAUCGGCUUCGUCGCCAAAGAUCAGUACGAGAGAUACCUGGACAUGUCGAAGACUCAUGUCAUCAUUGCCCAAAGGACGAACGAGAAAGCUAUUAUGGCCUUAUCAUCGUUCAUUCGUGCUCUUUACGAGCUCGACACAUAUGCUGUGGCACGAUUGGUACCCAAGGAUGGCAAGAGUCCUACCAUGGUCCUGUUGGCGCCGUCCGUCGACGCUGAUGCCGAGUGUCUCUUCGAGGUCGAACUGCCCUUCGCUGAAGACCUACGCUCUUACAGAUUUCCUGCUUUGGACAAGAUUGUCACUGUGUCUGGCAAAGAACUCAAACAGCACAGAUUCCUUCCCAAUGAUGACUUGAUGGAUGCCAUGAGCGAUUACGUGGACGCCAUGGAUCUGUCUACUCUCGGCGCAGAUGAAGAAGGGUCUUACGCGCCUAUCGAAGAUACAUUCUCGCCAGCUCUGCACCGUAUCAGCCAGGCAAUCAGAAGCCGAGCAGUAUAUCCAGAUGAAAACCUGCCUCCGAUGCCCGAAAUCCUGAUUAAGUACUCCAACCCACCUAAGGAGCUAGUCGAUGGCGCAAAGACUUCUUUGAAGGCAAUCGCAGCAGCCGCAGACGUUAAGANNAAGUCAAAGUCAAAGAAGGGACGCCGCGAUGUCCCCAAGCCCCUUNCCGGACUCGAUGUUACAGCUCUGCUCUCAGCUCAAGGCGGCACCCUCAAAAUUUCACCCCAAAACGCCGUUCCAGAGUUCAGACAGAUCCUAGACAGAGGCGACCACGGAGAAGUAGAGUCAGCCUUCCAACAACUCGGCAAGAUCAUCCGCGAAUACAUCAGAAACUCCGUCGGUGAAUCUGGCUACGCUCGUGCGCUCGAGGCUACCAGAGUGAUGCGUGAAGAAGCUACUGAUCUCGAGGUUCCGGCCUUGUACAACGAGUGGAUGAAGAAACUCAAGACUGAUAUCUUGAAGGAGGAGCUCAUUGGCGAUAGAAGGGAUAUGUGGUUUAUGAUCAGAGCGAACCGUAUGGGCUUGAUCCAGAGCAAGGAGAGUGGAGCCAGUGGAGUUGGAGAAGAUGAAGCAAAGGAGUUCUUGUCCGUGAGACUCGGAGUGUAG